AUGGGAGGAAUUGUUGAAUGUGGUCUGAGCACUGACACAAAAACUUCCCCUCGCCGUGUGGCCAUAGAGAAAGCUCAGGAGGAGCUGAGGCAGGAAUAUGAUGUCCGUGAAGAACGGAGGAGGGAGCUUGAGUUUUUAGUUAAGGGAGGCAAUCCCUUGGAUUUCAAACUUGGACAUGUAGUGUCGCUGAGUGUACAGUCCACUUCUGUCACAGAUCAGAUAGCCGAACAAAAUGUGAUGAGUGAAGCAAAAGGUAGUUUCACAUUUGCUGCAUCACCUCAUGGAGAUUCGUUUGAUAGUAGUGGCAGACCAGGAAGUUCAUGUCGUGAAGCCAACACAGCUGAUAAUCUUAUGCUUUUAGAUGGAGAUACCAGCAAAAUAGGUGGGGAGAAACUUGUGAAACGCGGCACUAAAAGAAGUGACACACCUCAACCUGAGAUGUCCUUUUGCAAUGAUGGCCAGAAUAACACAAAAGAAGCUGAAGAUUCUGGUCUGUUCCGCCUUGGGGCAAAGAGCCAAGCGUAUGCUCGACGCAGGUCAAAGUCAAGCAGGGAGAAUGUAAAUACUGUGCCUAUUAGGUCUCCACCAGUUCCUCCUUUAAGUUCUCACCGGGAAGAUGCAAAAGCUGUAGUACAAGAAGCCAAAAAUGAUGAUCAUGGCGCCUCAUCCAGUGCGGCUCCAAUACCGAGAAGUUCAAAUGGUAAUGAUAUGUUGAAUAAUGCGCCAAAUAAUCAAAUGGCAGCGAAGAUGGGCAGUGUUCAAGCAAUUCAUGAAGGCAAGCAAGAAGAAAAACAGGAAAUAACGAACAACCAACAUGUUACUCUAGCUCCCGAAAUCUCAUCAAACAGCGUGUUUGAUAAUUCACAGCGUGCUGGAGGUGGCCAGAUGCCUAGUGCAGCUGCUUUUGCCGAAUCUCCGCAUGCUAUUACAAAAGAAGCUUCUUCAAGGACAGCUUCUUUUCCAUCUACACACAACGAAAUCUUUAGAGAAGCACACACUCCUGAAAAGGCAGAUAUCAGCUGCUCUGACAAAAGAAUGGUUUAUGCUCAUGCAGUUGAUAUCGAAAAUGAGGCUUCUGUUCUGCAGCCAGCCAUAGAAACUGCUAGAUCUAAUGAAAAUGAAGUGGAUCUAACUUGUACAGAUGCCACCAAGACUACUGAUGAGUAUUCAGGUAAAAAUGCUAAUUUUGUAUCAGUGAAGGUUGGUGAAAAUUCUGAUGAAGGCUUGAGUAACACAGUACUUGGUGAUAACAACGACAAAAGAGAUGACCAACUGGAAGGCCGUAGCAGCCCCACUGCUGUGGUUGACAGAUGUACUCCUAUACAUCCAGAAGUCUGCACUGCUGUGAAAGAUGAAAUUGAAGUUUGUAACAACGUGGCUGACACGCAAAAGGAUACAGGACGUCCUGCUACUUCUGACCACAACAAAGUGACUAAGGAGGCAGGUUCUGAUUUGGAUAGAAACAACAACUGUUCCAGUGCUUUGAGUGGUUCUGAUAAGUUGGCUUCUGUUGAUGUGCCCCCUGCUUCGCUCACAGAGGAUGUGCCUAAUCCUGUGCUAUCAACUAAAUAUUCUACAUGUAACUUUGACAACGAUGUUACAAAAUGUAGCCGAAAUGCUGCAACAGUUACGAAAAAGGAAUGUGAAGAUCCUAUUAUGAUAAAGAAGGAAUACGAAGAUUCUAUCCUUAGAAGGGCUCGGUUUAUAGAGCUGAACGUUAAGAGAGCUGGUGAACAAGCCCUUUGCAAUAUUUCUUUGGAGAAGAAGCGGAAAAGUCACUGGGAAUUUGUUCUGGAGGAGAUGGCUUGGAUGGCAAAUGAUUUCAUGCAGGAGCGUCUGUGGAGAAGUACAGCUGCAGCCCAGAUGUGCAACUGGAUUGCUUCCAGUGGCCGAGCAGCAUUUGAAGAAGCUAGUGUUCGCAGAAAGCAGAAAUCUGCUGCUAGAAUUCUGGCCAAGGGCAUAAUCAAUUUUUGGCGUUCAGCUGAGACUUUACGAGCUACUAGUGGUGAGAUUCCUAAAGCGUCACAAAUAGAGAAAUCAAAGGGGAUUGAAGAAAUGAAGCCUGCUGGAACCAAAGCAGAAAAAGAACUGGGUGACGAAUCCUUUGAACAAGAGAAGCCUAGGUGGUUUCACCACUCUUAUAUUCAGAGUUACGCUCUUCGGUUUCUUGAGUUCAACUGUAAUGUGUCUGAGUGUCUUUCAUUAGCUGAAGCACCAUCAACUCCAGACAGGCUAAAUGAUUUUGGCAUUUUAAAAGUGCCAGAUGAACUUUCAGAAACAAAUCUCUUUUAUGAGGUAGCCCCUGGUGCAAUGCACGCAUACAGAGAGUCUGUGGGGUGUAUAUCUGUUUAUAAUAAGAAAUUUGUUAACACUGAACACAAGGAGGAUUAUGAGCCAUCUACAUGCGAUUAUGUUCCAGAUGUACAUAGGGAAAAUGCAUAUGAAGAUGAUGAAGCCGAGGCAUACACUUAUUUAUUGCCUGAAACAUAUGAUGGUGGUUUGGCAUCGAAAUCGAGUCACAAGAAGAAACAACAGCAGAGGAUGAAUGGCAGAAGGCCGUAUGAUAAUGGUGUUGACCUGCCUUAUGAUCCAUGCUCGGAGAGCAAGCCAGGAAACCAUCCAUUUUUAUCGAAUAGUAAAAGACCUCCGGAUUUCCUUUCCAUUCCUAUUAAACGCAUACGGACAGCUGCUAGACAGCGAGUUGCAAGCCCAUUCUCUGCUGGUGUUGCCGGAACCCCUCAGUUCACAAGUAAAACAGAUGCCUCUAGUGGAGACACAAACUCCUGUCAAGAUGAUCAAAGUUCAUUACAAGGCGGUUUUGUCCCCAGGAAGAAUGCAGAAAUUGAAUCCACUGUUGACUUUGACAGACAAUUAAUAUAUGAUGGCAGUGAGGUGUCUACUAAGUCUAAAAAGAAGAAAAAGCCUAAGCACCCCGGGUACAAGGCACCACAAAGUGUGACCGAGUCCUAUACCUUGAUGUCUGGAAAGAAGGAUUAUUUGAAGAAAAGACAGGAGGCUAAUCAGUUUGAUUCAAAUGGGAAUAUUGUGGUAAAUGGUCAGCAUGCUUCUAAGAAGACUAAACUGUUACAUCAAGCACCAGAUAUUUCAUUAGAGGCUCUUACACCAGUUGGCCCACUGGCAUCUCCGGCAGCAUCACAAAUGAGUAACAUGGUAAAUCCGACGAAGAUUAUAAAGAUCAUCACUAAUCGGGAUCGUGGAAGAAAAAGUAAAGCACUGAAGAUGACUGCUGGCCACUCCGGUCCUGGAAGUCCAUGGUCAAAUUUCGAGGAUCAGGCUCUUGUGGUGCUUGUACAUGAUAUGGGUCAAAACUGGGAAUUAGUGAGCGACGCACUGAAUAGCAUUGUCCAACUGAAGUGUAUAUAUAGAAGGCCUGAUGAGUGUAAGGACCGUCACAAGCUUCUGACGGAUAGAAGUUCUGGUGAUGGCGCUGACAGCGCAGAUGACUCAGGCUCAUCUCAACACUAUCAAUCCACAUUACCUGGCAUUCCGAAGGGCAGCGCCAGACAGCUGUUUCAGCGCCUUCAAGGACCGUUUGAGGAAGAGACUCUUAAGACACAUUUUGAGAAAAUAAUAUUCCUUGGGCAGAAAUUGCAUCCAUGUCGCAGAAAGGGGGAAAUGCAGGAGCUUAAGCCAAUAAAUCCACUUCAUACUUCUCAUGUUCUUGCACUUUCUCAAGUGUGCACAAGCAACUUCUCUGGUGGCGUUUUGACGCCACUUGAUCUUUGUGACACAAUAACUUCAAUUCCGGAUGCACUUCCCGUUGGUUACCCGGGAUCACAUACAAAUGUGUUAACGCUUCCGAACCAUCACGGUGCAAUUAGUCCUGCUCUUCCAACUUCAAAUGUGAACCCAAGGUUAUCAGGUUCUCCUGGUAUGGUACUAGGAAGCAGUUUGCCGUCACCUUCAACAUUGAAUGCCCCGUCUAGGUAUGGUGUGCCUAGACCUACCUCUUUACAGGGCGACGAACAACAAAGAAUUCAGUAUACUCAUAUGGUUAAUGGCAGAAAUCUUCAGCAACCUGGAGUUUCUGUUCCUGGUGUGUUGCCUGCUGGAGUUGAUCGUGGUGUUCGAAUGAUGCCUGGUGCUAAUGGUAUGGGAAUGAUGACUGGACUUGCUCGAUGUGCACCUGUUGCAAGGCCGGGUUUUCCAAGGAUUGGUUCCCCAGGAAUGCGAAAUAUGGUUUCAUCUGGAAACAUGCUAUCCAGCAAUGGUCAAGGCAUGCAAAACUCGGUAAAUCUUCAACCUGGUGCUGUACCUGGCCCUGGAAAUAUGAUGUUGAGGCCACGUGAUCCGAUGCAGAUGCUUCGGCCUGGCCAGAAUUUGGAAGAGCACAGACAAAUGAUGGUGCAGGAGUUUCAGAUGCAAGUUCCACAGGGGAAUAGCCAGGCUAUCCAUUUCAGUGGCACAUCAUUUCCCCAUGCCGGAACACCUUCACCUGUUCAGUCAUUUCCUGUUCAGCAGUCCCAACCACGUCAGAUGCCACAACAGGCGCACAUGUUUGGAAAUACACAGCACUCUCAUAUCCGAGGGGCAAACCAGUCAAGCCCACAGCAUCAGGCUUAUGCACGGUUAGCUAAAGAGAGACACAUUCAACAAUCCAUGAUGUCCCAACAACAGCACCCACUUUCUGCAGCUAGUGCAGUGCCAACUGUGCAGAAUGGUUCACAAACGCAGCCACAAUCUGCUGUCAAUGCUGUCCCAUCUUCACAAUCACAGCAUAAGAAGCAGCACCCGACGCAACAUCCACAAGAUAGCUCGGUUCUUCCCAAUCAGCCUGCCAAUAGUACAUCACAUAAGCAGAAGAAGCAACAGGCUCAGCAGCAGUUAAGACAAAACCAACAGCAACGACAUCAAGGUAGCCAGCAAGCUAAGCUAAUGAAGAGCUUAGGCCGAGGGAAUAUGACGCAGCAGAAUCCUUCAGUUGAUGGUACUCAACUCAGCGGCAUUCCCGCAACCUCAAAAAACCAAAUCUCGGAUACAAAUAUGAUGCAGCAGGCCCCAGCGUAUUUUACUGGUAAUAAGGGAUUGAUUCCAUCAGUGCCUCAGCCUGGGAAUCAACCAAAAAUGUAUGCUUCUCAUACACCUCAGUCACCAAUACAAUCAUCAGAUAUUGGUAAUCAAGGUUCAAUACAGGGUUCUCCCGACCAGACCUUGUUAGCUUCCCAACAAGCUCCAGUUCAUUCAUCAUCGCAAUUGGCUACACAACAGCAGCAACAACAGCGGCACAUGAAUCCAUCACAUAAUAAUAUCCAAAGAUUGAUGAUGCAACCAAACCGCCAUAUGAACAGCGAUGUUAGGAUCGAGUUGCCUGUUGAUCAAGUCAAUCAGUUAAUUUCGUCUACAUCAGUUGCAAGGAGUACAGACUCAGGUAGCCCAGGUGUUUCAUCUAUACAACAUCGGAAACAGGAUUCAUCUCAAGAUCCAACUGCUGUUACCUCGACCUCGCAGCUAGCUAGCACGCCUCAAGAUAGCUUUGUUGGAAAUGAAGCUUUCUUGUCAGCACCUAACCAAGGCAUGCUGCAAAGGCAAAUGUCAGGGGGUGUUCCUAUACAUGGAAAUGUUAUUGGUACCCAGCGGCAGCAACAGCAGGCUCGGCUGCAACUUCAGACUCAGCAGCAGCAGCAGCAGCAGCAGCAGAGACCUGAUGUUCAAGGCAGUUUAUAUGCUCAUCCUUCAAAUUCGGGAGAAGGAUGA